UGGUGCCUGCUUGCCUCUCUCGCCGGUCCCCGCCUGCGGCGAGCAUGGCAGCGCUGCCAGGGACGGUGCCCCGAAUGAUGCGCCCUGCGCCGGGGCAAAAUUACCCCCGCACCGGCUUCCCUCUGGAAGUGUCCACCCCCCUGGGCCAGGGCCGGGUGAACCAGCUCGGCGGGGUGUUCAUCAAUGGCCGGCCCCUGCCCAACCACAUCCGCCACAAGAUCGUGGAGAUGGCCCACCACGGCAUCCGGCCCUGCGUGAUCUCCAGGCAGCUGCGGGUCUCCCACGGCUGCGUCUCCAAGAUCCUCUGCCGGUACCAGGAGACGGGCUCCAUCCGUCCCGGGGCCAUCGGCGGCAGCAAGCCCCGGCAGGUCGCCACUCCCGACGUGGAGAAGAAGAUCGAGGAGUACAAGCGGGAGAACCCGGGCAUGUUCAGCUGGGAGAUCCGAGACCGGCUCCUGAAGGACGGGCACUGCGACAGGAGCACGGUCCCCUCAGGUUUAGUGAGUUCGAUUAGCCGGGUGCUACGAAUCAAAUUCGGGAAGAAAGAGGAAGAGGAGGACUGCGACAAGAAGGAGGAAGACGGCGAGAAGAAGGCGAAGCACAGCAUCGACGGCAUCCUGGGAGACAAAGGUAACAGGCUGGAUGAAGGCUCGGACGUGGAGUCCGAACCGGACCUGCCCUUGAAGCGCAAGCAGCGCCGGAGCCGGACCACCUUCACUGCUGAACAGCUGGAGGAGCUGGAGAAGGCCUUUGAGAGAACCCAUUACCCAGAUAUCUACACACGAGAGGAGCUAGCCCAGAGGACCAAGCUCACCGAGGCGCGGGUGCAGGUGUGGUUCAGUAACCGAAGAGCCAGGUGGCGCAAGCAGGCAGGAGCCAAUCAGCUGGCAGCUUUUAACCACCUGUUGCCCGGGGGCUUUCCACCAACUGGGAUGCCGACUCUGCCACCCUACCAGCUGCCGGACUCCACCUACCCAACCACCACCAUUUCCCAAGAUGGGGGCAGCACCGUGCACAGACCCCAGCCCCUGCCACCGUCCACCAUGCACCAGGGAGGACUUGCAGCUGCUGCUGCGGCUGACACCAGUUCUGCCUACGGGGCUCGACACAGCUUCUCCAGCUACUCGGACAGCUUCAUGAAUGCUGCGGCUCCUGCCAAUCACAUGAACCCUGUCAGCAACGGCCUCUCUCCACAGGUGAUGAGUAUCCUGAGCAACCCCAGCGGGGUCCCUCCACAGCCCCAAGCUGACUUCUCCAUCUCCCCCCUCCACGGUGGCUUAGACAGCACCAACUCCAUCUCCGCCAGCUGCAGCCAGCGGAGUGACUCCAUCAAGUCUGUGGACAGCCUCCCCACCUCGCAGUCCUACUGCCCUCCCACCUACAGCACCACCAGUUACAGCGUGGACCCAGUAGCUGGCUACCAGUAUGGCCAGUACGGACAAACUGCCGUCGACUAUUUGGCCAAGAACGUGAGCCUGUCUACACAGCGUAGGAUGAAGCUGGGAGAACAUUCAGCUGUGCUGGGCCUCCUACCAGUAGAGACAGGCCAGGCUUACUGAAGAGCCCACCUGUGCCAACAAACCACUCCAGCAACCUGGUACCACCGGAGAAAACACCACCACCACCAGCCUUCCAGGGAUCCACAUGUACCCGGACCCCUCUCCUUCCCAGUUCCCCCCUACCAACUCAAGCUGCAAAGGAGAUGGGAAAGAGGGGGAUGGCUCUCCACAUAUCCAACGCUUUACUGAGUACUCUUCGAAGAGGCCAAUCCAGCCUCUUCAACCAUGACUCCUUCUGUGGCCACAGACAACGGGUUGGGUGCAUUUAUGAACCCUGAUGUUCAUGCCCUCCCUCCAACCCCCUUGGCCAGCUUGGCAUACUGCCCACGCUUAAAGACUUUCCAUUGAUCUAGGUAGUUGGCAUAGUCAACACUGAUUCUUUUUUUCCUUUGUAAAAUACUUCUUUCUUUUCUUUUUCUUUUUUUGUCUUUUUUUUUUUUUUUUCCUUUUUAUUGUUGUAAAUUGGUGAACAUUGUAUAGGAAGGAGUAACCAAGCUGAUCGCAAAGGGUGAUGUGAUUCAGGACCACAAAAGACCUUUGGACCAAAUAGAAGAUUGUAUCGGAAAAAAAAAAGUUAAAGGAACAGCAGACCUCCCUGCCCCCUCCCGCUCUGUUGGGUUCCCCUGGCAGGGAGGCUGCUAAGCAGGGGCAGGAUUGGAUGGAUAUUUUAAUUCCUUCCAGCCUAGGACCUACGGAAAGUGUAAAUGUAAAUCGCUGAGCAGGGGAUUGGAGCGGUUGGGGCCAGGCUCAGUUUUCCUCUUAGGGACCAAGUUCAAUCUGAUUGCCGCUGAAAACCAUUUGCAGCAAAGAGCAGCAGGAGGCUCGGUAGCAAUUGUUGGCCUGUGUGUGCGUGCGGAAGGCAGGCGUGGGACAGUCUUUAGGAUGGGUGAGAAAUGAAAAAGGCCCUUCUUUCACUCUGCAACUGGUGGUGUAGGAACGGGGCUGGGUGUACCAGCAAAGCCGUGGGAAGACUCGCUGUACUACUCAAAGGCAACUGCGAUGAAAUGGUUGUGGUUAGGAGCAGCACACAAACUGGAGUCCACACACUGCACCGGGGAGGCAGAAGGCAAUAGGUAUGGCCAGGCCAGAAUAGUUUAACCACAAGCAUAAAGAGAAGGGGGCAUAACCCCCCACCACGAUACAUCCCUCCAUACAGUACUAGACAGCGAGGGAAGCACCUUGUGCUCUUCUCCAUGGAUGUCUUUAUUCUCCAGCCUACCAGGAUAAAUGCUUGCCUCUUACCACCUCCCCGUACUCUUCUUCCUCCCCUGUCAUCUGAUCCUUUGAGCUCCUAUGCCUUUUCCUUUGUAACGCCAUGUUUUAUAUGUUGGAAGUGAAAUCUCUCACGGCCCAGGUAUUGUUUUCCGCUGCCCAUCUAUAGAAGCCAAAACUCAUCAUGAUGCACCAGUCUGGUGCUCAGAUAAAGUUGCUUAGGAAUUACAGGGUCCUUAUAAGCCAUGAACCACGAGGGACUUAUACAGUUUACCUCUAGGUUGUGGUAAGGACCCUCGUGCACCCGGAGGAAAUACGUCAGUAGGUCCCUAAUCAUUUUGACUUGUUCCAUCCUCGUACUCCUUUGAACGGCUUCCACCAAGAACACACCUCCAUUUUGCUGAUCAUCCUGGAAAGGAUGAGGAAAGCUGUCACAACAGCAACCCACCCUGUCCCUGCCAUUUAAAUGAUGCACAGGUUUCAUGCCAGCCAGUAAACAAUUUAGAGGGUCCAAAGUUGGCAGCAGAUGCUGCAUGGGGUCACUGCGAUAGAAACCUCUGGUGUCUGCUACAGUCUUAGCUUUGGUGGGGCUGGGAAGGUGCCUGCCUCCCCACUCCCAGAUUGCUAACGAGGAGGACUUCAUUUAUGCCUCCUUCACUGCUUCUCCUAGUUGGUCGGGUUGGAAGGGACCUGCGCAGAUCAUCAAGUCCGACCC